AGAAAGAGAGGUUGGGAACGGGGCUGAGUCCCUAUCGUUCUCCUCUUCUUCGCUCCCUUCACUGGGCCAUGAAUCCCCCCUCGCUGUGCAAAGCUCGGAGGCGAAGAGCUGCAUCGUUUCUCUCUCGCCCGCCUCAUUCAACGCGGUGGCAGAGAGAUUGAUCCAUAUAUCCAUGAAAAGGUUUGUAUAUUAAUAUCUGAGAGGAUGAUCAAGCAGAUACUCGGACGGCUUCCAAAGAAGCCACCAAAAUCAGCAGAAAGCCGGGAAUUCAGUGAUGGGGCGUCGAAUGGACUGAUGUUGAGUUCUUCAGCAAGCUCCAGAAGUGGGAGCUUGCCUGGUAAUAAGGCUAUAAUUUCAAACAAGUAUCCACCAGCAGGAACAUUAAAACCGAAUGGGAAUUCAUAUGAAGCAUUGCCCAGCUUUCGAGAUGUCCCGAGUUCCGAAAAGCAGAGCUUGCUUAUCAGAAAGUUGAACUUGUGCUGUGUUGUUUUUGACUUUAGAGAUCCAACAAUGAAUGUGAAAGAGAAGGAAAUUAAGCGUCAGACCUUGUUGGAGCUUGUGGAUUAUGUAACUUCGGCAAAUGGGAAGUUUGCGGAGAAUGUUCUGCAGGAGAUUGUCAAAAUGGUGUCUAUAAACUUGUUUAGGGCAGCAACAACUCUAUCACAUGAGAACAAAGUUUUGGAAGCUCUUGAUUCGGAGGAAGAGGAACCUGUAAUGGAUCCUGCUUGGCCACAUUUGCAGGUUGUUUAUGAGUUCUUCUUGAGAUUUGUUGCGUCCCCUGAGACUGAUCCCAAGGUGGCAAAAAGAUAUAUGGAUCAUUCCUUUAUUCUUAAGCUGCUGGAUCUCUUUGACUCUGAAGACCCAAGAGAGAGAGAUUACUUAAAGACAAUACUGCAUCGUAUUUAUGGUAGAUUUAUGGUACAUCGGCCAUUCAUUAGGAAAGCAAUCAACAAUAUUUUCUAUCAGUUCAUCUUUGAAACUGAAAAGCAUAAUGGGAUUGCAGAGCUCUUGGAGAUUUUAGGAAGCAUUAUUAAUGGGUUUGCUUUGCCACUCAAGGAAGAGCACAAGUUGUUUCUGGUUCGAGUACUGAUUCCACUUCACAAACCGAAAUGCAUCCAGAUGUACCAUCAACAGCUAUCAUAUUGCAUUAUGCAAUUCAUUGAGAAAGAUUGCAAACUUGCGGAUAUUGUUAUAAGGGGUUUAUUGAAGUAUUGGCCUGUAACGAAUAGUUCGAAAGAAGUGAUGUUCUUAGGAGAGGUGGAAGAAGUCCUGGAAGCAACUCAGCCUGCAGAAUUUCAACGUUGUAUAGUUCUGCUUUUCCGUCAGAUUGCCCGUUGCAUGAAUAGUUUCCACUUUCAGGUAGCAGAAAGGGCGCUGUUCUUAUGGAGCAAUGAUCAUGUAGAGAACUUGAUCAAACAAAACCGCAAAGUGAUACUGCCAAUCAUAUUCCCUGCAUUGGAGAGAAAUACAAGGGGGCAUUGGAAUCAAGCUGUUCGGAGUCUUACUUUGAAUGUUCGCAAGAUAUUCUCUGAUCAGGACCCUGAAUUGUUCGAGGAGUGCUUGCAAAAAUUUCAGGAGAAUGAAGGUAAAGAAGAAGAGAUCCAUUUGAAACAUGAAGCCAGAUGGAAAUCUCUUCAAGAAAUCGCAGCUUCUAAAAGCUACAAUUAAAUGAUGUUAUGCUUGUUCCCCGCCUCAAGUCCAACCAAAAAAUCUUCCCGGUUCUCACUGUAAUGGAUAUAUUUUGUGGGCAUUUCGACCCUGGAUGAUCCAAGAACAUUGUACAGGGACAAACUGCUAUGUAUGGCCAUGGUGAAGAAAUGAAAGUGUUUUCAUUGAUACGGUGUCACGGCCAUGACCAGUAGGAAUGGAGAACAUAGUCUUUCAGGUUGCCAUUCUCUGGUGGUAAGAGUGCCAAAUGUGUAGUAGUAAAUGUUUGCUAUCCUCUGGUAUUUCACUAGACAACAACCUGCUAGUGCUAGUUAUUGAUGUCAGUUCUUUAAUUUGAAGAACAAGAUGGAACCUUCGUUGCCAUGAGUCUUUGUGGCAUUUGCUGUGUGCUUUGUUGGUUUUAAUUUUUGUUGUGGGUCA